AAUUCCGAUGCCAUCACUAAUUAAUACACAAUACUUUUGGUAUUCAUUGGCCCCUAUUAUGGCCUUCCUGGUCACCCUCAAAUUUGUAAAAUUGAAUCGUUCGCUAAAUUACUGGUCGGACCGUAAUAUCCCGGGCCCGACACCCAUACCAUAUUUUGGUAACACAAUGAGUACGUUAUUAAAAUCCUUACCUUAUAUCGAGAUGAAUUGGUACAACACGUACGGCAAAAUCUACGGAGUGUAUGGGUUGAAACGGCCGGCGCUAACUGUGGCCGAACCGGCGCUCGUCAAACAAAUACUGGUCAAAGAGUUUCACAAAUUCCGUAACCGUAUGCCAGAGACCGACCCGAACGGCCGAUUCGUGCGGCAUCUGUUCAACGCCCGCGACGACCACUGGCGACGGCUGCGACACAUCAUUAGUCCCGCGUUUAGCGCCGGCAAACUGCGACGCCUGUACCCACUCAUCGGCGAGUGUUGUGACGAGUUUGUGGCCGCUUUG